AUGAGAGCUGGUCUUUGGGAGGCCAUGGCCCAUGGACGCAUUCAGGCAGCUCUCGGCAAGCAUCACUAUGCGUUCAUCAAGAAGGUUGGAGAGGGCUCUUUCGGAGCUGCCAUUCUUUGCCAACAUGAUACAGACAAGGAGCGCGACACGAAGGCAAUCGUCAAGAUGAUCGAUAUUAGCCGAGCUUCAAAGCAGGAGAAGGACGAUGCCUUGAAAGAAAGCAAGGUCUUAGCGUCCCUGAAGCAUCCCUACAUCGUCCGUUAUAGGGAAAGCUUCAACGAGGACGGGUGGCUUUGCAUCGUCAUGGACUACUGUGAAGGAGGCGAUCUAUCAGGAAGGAUCAAGAACGCAAGGCAGUCCUCCAAGAUCUUCCCUCAGGAUCAGGUUGUGAGGUGGUUCACCCAGGCAAUCCUGGCCCUCAAGUAUAUCCAUGACCUGCACAUUCUCCACAGAGACUUGAAAUCUGGAAAUUUCUUCCUGUCCAAAAGCGGUAACAUAAAGAUGGGAGACUUUGGCAUCGCCAAGGUGUUGGAAUGCACCGCAGCGUGUGCGCAAACGCAGAUUGGCACGCCAUACUAUCUCUCCCCGGAGAUCUGUCAGGGCAAGAACUAUGCCUGGAGCUCCGACAUUUGGAGCAUGGGAUGCAUCCUCUACGAGAUGUGUGCAAGGAAGGUGCCCUUUGACGCUCCUGACCUGAAGAGCCUCAUCCACAAGAUUACCAAAGAGCCUGCUCCAGAGAUCCCUGCGGACUACUCGGUGGGAGUCCGCAAUCUCGGGAAGGAGCUAUUGGACAGGGACCCCAGCAAGCGCCCUCCUGCUGCUGAGAUCCUGAAACGGCCGGUAGUGCAGGAGAUGGUGAGAAGGAUGCUUGAUGAGGUUAAGGGUGAGGCCGGCGAGGAGGAGGGCGAGAAGCCACCUCCACCUGCUCCGACAGGUGGCGGGGGAGGGGCCGCAGCUUCUGGGGUGGCUGGACCUUAUGGUAGCACUGCGGGCAAGUACACAAAGGGCGAGCUGGUUGAAUACUACAGCGAGACGCAUGGUGAGUGGCUACCUGCCACAGUGACUGCUGCCAACGAAGAUGGACGAGUGCAGCUGAACGUGAAACCAGGAGUUUGGAUCUCGCUGGAGAUCCAGGGUGCCAAAGUGCGGCCACGGCAGUCAGCACAAGCACAAGCCACACCGGCCAAUGGCAAGCCGCCGGCCGGAGGCAGCAGCCCUGCUCAUCGACCUCCUGAGAAGAGGGAAGGUGCUCUUCAGCGACAACCAAGUCGCGAUGCUCCCGCUCGGGGCCCGGGCAGCAGUCCUGCCCGCAAUCCGUCAGCCGAUCGGGGAGCUCGCGGCCGGACUCCGCAGGGCCGUGCGGCAAGUCCCUUCGGCAAUGCUGCUGGAAUGCCAUCUGCCCGAGGAAAUAGCCGAGGUCGAGGUUGA